AUGGCGUCCAAGCUCACUCCUGACGACGGGCGCGUCACCCACCACACGGCCCCCAUCCGUGGCAAGACCUACCACUACAUCGUCGCCGUUCCGCCCGCCGGCCAGACCGCCAAGGGGACCAUCAUUCUGAUCCACGGCUUCCCCGACCUCGGCUUCGGCUGGCGCAACCAGAUCCCACUUCUCGCCGAGCAGCUCGGUCUCCAGGUCAUUGUGCCCGACAUGCUCGGCUACGGCCAGACGGAUGCCCCCCACGAGCCCGCCCCGUACGCCUACAAGAGCGUCUGUGAAGACCUUGUGGCCAUCGUCGACCAUGUCGGCGUUGUUGGUGGUGGCGGCCCGGCCGGCGCGGCCGAUGAGAGCAAGCGCUUCUUUGUCGGCGGCCACGACUGGGGCGGCGCUGUUGCCUGGCGUAUGGCCCUCUGGCAUCCUGACCGCCUGCGCGGCGUCUUCAGCGUCUGCACGCCGUACUUUGCGCCCUCCAAGAACCCCUUCUUACCGCUCGACGACAUGGCCAAGCUGCUGCCCAACUUUGGCUACCAGAAGCAGUUUGCCGGCGACGAGCUCUGGCGCUUUAUCGACGCCGAGCCGCAGCGCGUGCGCCAGUUCUUGCAGACCAUGUACGGCGGCAAAGCGACGUUGUCAGAGGCCGACGUCGCCGCUAAGAAGAGCCCGUACCUCUUUGACACCACCAACGGCGUGCACAUGGACCGCAUCGCCGGUGUCGGCCCCACCCCGCUGCUCAACGAGGCCGAGAUUGAGUACUAUGCCAAGGAGUAUGCCCGCCACGGCCUGCGCGGCCCCACCAACUGGUACCGCACACUCAAGUACAACUACGACGACGAGCGCGAGAUUGUCGGCGGCGACGAGGAGGACGAGGACAAGGCGGACGUCUAUAAGAGGAAAGCCCGCUCCGUGAUCCGCGUGCCCUCACUGAUGCUGGCCGCCACCAACGACCAGGCACUGCCGCCGAUUCUGAGUGAGCAGAUGGGCAAGCACUUUACCAAUCUGACCAAGUCCCAAGUGCCGGGUGGCCACUGGGUGCUCUGGCAGUCGGCGGCAGCAGUCAACGAGCGUAUCAAGAACUUUUUGGCCCCGCUGCUGGACGGCACGACAAAGGCGGCUCUGUAG